CGCAGGCCCCCAUCCGGAGGCAUGUGGCUGCCGCGCAUCUCCAGCACGGCGGUGACCGUGCUCCUGCUGGCGCAGACUGGCAUCCUGCUUUUCCUGGUCUCCUGGCCCAGGCCGCCGUCCCCAGCGGUCGGCAAAGAGCGGGUGCACGUGCUGGUGCUGUCCUCGUGGCGCUCGGGCUCGUCCUUCGUGGGCCAGCUCUUCAGCCAGCACCCCGACGUCUUCUACCUGAUGGAGCCCGGCUGGCACGUGUGGACCACCCUGUCGCAGGCGAGCGCGCCGGCGCUGCACAUGGCCGUGCGCGACGUGGUGCGCUCCGUCUUCCUGUGCGACCUGGACGUGUUCGACGCCUACCUGCCGUGGCGCCGCAACCUGUCGGACCUCUUCCAGUACGCGGUGAGCCGCGCGCUGUGCUCGCCGCCCGCCUGCAGCGCCUUCCCGCGCGGCGCCAUCAGCAGCGAGGCGGUGUGCAAGCCGCUGUGCGCGCGCCAGCCCUUCAGCCUGGCGCAGGAGGCCUGCCGCGCCUACAGCCACGUGGUGCUCAAGGAGGUGCGCUUCUUCAACCUGCAGGUGCUCUACCAGCUGCUCAACGACCCCGCGCUCAACCUGCGCAUCGUGCACCUGGUGCGCGACCCGCGGGCCGUGCUGCGCUCGCGCGAGCAGACGGCCAAGGCGCUGGCGCGCGACAACGGGAUCGUACUGGGCACCAACGGCACGUGGGUGGAGGCCGACCCCGGCCUGCGCGUGGUGCGCGAGGUGUGCCGCAGCCACGUGCGCAUCGCCGAGGCCGCCACGCAGAAGCCGCCGCCCUUCCUGCAAGGCCGCUACCGCCUGGUGCGUUUCGAGGAUCUGGCGCGGGCGCCGCUGCCCGAGAUCCGCGCGCUCUACGCCUUCGCGGGCCUGAGCCUCACGCCGCAGCUCGAGGCCUGGAUCCACGACAUCACGCACGGGGCCGGGCUGGGCGCGCGCCGCGAGGCCUUCAAGACCUCGUCCAGGGACGCGGUCAAUGUCUCCCAGGCCUGGCGCCACGCACUGCCCUUCGCCAAGAUCCGCCGCGUGCAGGAGCUGUGUGCUGGCGCGCUGCAGCUGCUGGGCUACCGGCCCGUCGCCUCCGAGAGCGAGCAGCGCGACCUCGCCCUGGACCUGGUGCUGCCGCGCGGCCCUAGCAGCUUCAGCUGGGCGUCAUCCACUGCGGCACACCCCUAA